AUGGAUGCCACAGUGCUGUUUGUUUUCAUUUUACUUACCUGGAUAUCCAACUUGAAAGCUGAUAUUAUUGUCCAAUCAGAUCUGUACUGUUCUAUCUGUACCUUCAAUGAAGAGUACUGCAGAAAUCCAGCUUAUGUCAACACCAGAUACAAGUUCUACAGUCGUGAUGCUGAAGAUGUCAAUUCAAACGUGGGUUCCACCUACCAAGAUGGCAGGAACUGUAUUGUAUCUAUAGAAGCAAGUCCAAACAAUCAGAUAGAAGUUCAGAUUGACAGCCUUGCAAUAGACAGCUAUGCUGUGAUGGAUGAAAGGGGUUAUCCAAAAUACUGUUACGAUUAUCUAAAACUUUAUAAUGGACCUACUGCUGACAAUGCCAAGAUGUUUCGCAACAUACCUCCAUCUGGUAUAUGUGGGAGGAAGAAUUCCCCAGCAGACAUGGCAGAUAUCCAGAUAUUCAAAACCACCCAGAACCAUUUGACUGUCCAGUUUGUCACUGACGGUCGAAAGGAGAACUUUGGGGGGUUCAAGCUGAGGAUUUCUCAAUAUCCAUACUCUAAUACAGGGAAUUUGUAUCCUUCUGGUGGUAACCUUGGAGGUUGGAAUGAUGGCUCCUUGAAUGAGUUCCAGGUGUACUGGAAUCAAAAGAAUGUGAUCCCUGGGGGAGUGUUUCCAGGAAGUGGAGGCAAUGACUAUAGUCAGGAGGAGGGUGGGGUUUCCUGUUAUGACUGCAACUUUUGUCCAAUAGAACCAUUUGAUCCUGACCAGUUAGCAAUCAACACCAGAUCAGGAUGUUAUGUCUGCUCAAAGGAAUUUGAUAACAGUUACCAAAAUGCAAGGCGACAGUGCUAUUCACAAACAGAUUAUACAUAUCUUUUGGAAAGUUUAUCUGAUGGAAUAGACAAGGUGGAAAGCUACAGUGGCUGCAAACAGUUUGUGACGCAAUAUGGUCGUACAGUCAACUAUUGUUUCUGUCAGGAAGACAAAUGUAACACUGGUACCACACUUCUGUUCAACUGGAAAUUCCUGUUGUUCAUUGUCAUGACUACCUCGAUAUGGCUUUCGUUGUUACCGUGGUAA